UGUACUUCUGGCUUCUGAAUUCAGAGGCUACGGCAGAUGUGUGAAAAAGCCAGUAUCUAGCUCAUAUAUUUGUUAUAAAUGACAUCACCAGUGUCAAAACUGUCAAACUUGUCGUUACUUGUUUUGAUUUUAUAGUAGUAAAAUUUUACAUACUUGCCGGGAAAACAAAAAUAAGAAAAAGUAAAUUAAAUCUGCUAAUAGUAUUUAUAAGCAGGUGACAAAAUGGCACGCAGUUUAUCUCAAGGUACAAUGAUCGUACUGGACGUAGGAAGAAAUGUAAACACUAAAGAAGAAAAUGAAAAAAGUUUCUUUGAAAGAGCAAAAGGAUGCACAGGUCGUAUUAUAGAACGCAAAAUAUUAAGCGAUGGUAAAGACUUAGUCGGUGUCAUUCUAUUAGGUUCUAAAACAACCAACAAUAAUAUGGCAAAACAAUAUGAUGGUGCUUUUAAACACAUUGAAGUUUUAUCUGAAAUGCAGACACCUACUUGGAAAAUGAUAAGGAAUUUACCGGACAAGCCGUCAGAAACCAGAGGUGAUUGGUUUGAUUCAUUAAUAGUAGCAGCUGAUUAUUAUAAGAAUAUAAUCAGUGGUGUGAAGUUUGCAAGUAAGAAAAUAAUAUUGAUGACUAAUUUUAAAAGGAAGACCUCAUUUGAUCCUGAUAAUCUUGAAGAGGUCUUGAAUGGUUUCAAAGAAGAGGGCUAUGAAGUUUUUGUAGUUGGUCCAGACAUAUACUCCAAGGAGAAUGACAGUGAAGAUACUGCUCUAGCCAGACAGUUUGUGGAGGCUACAGAUGGUGCAACAUCAACACUAGACAGCAUCAUGAAGCAUGAACUACUCUUCCACAGAAAGAAAAUUGUCAAUGCCUCACCUUGGAAUGUAGACCUAAGUAUUGGCCCAAACAUAAAAAUCCCUGUAUCUACAUUCAUCAAACUCAGAGAUGAACCGGUUGUCAAAACUUGGAAAAAAGCUGUCAAAGAUCCCGUUACAUCUACAGCCAGCACAUUUGAAGCAGUGGAAAAAAGAAAAGAAUACAUUAAUCCAGAAAACCAAAGUACUGUUAAGAUUCAGGAUAAAAUCCAAGGCUAUCACUAUGGCCAAACCAUCAUACCUUUUACUGACUUGGAUAAAACAAUGCUGUACCAGCCCGGAGAGAAAUGCCUGUCUGUGUAUGGUUUCACUCAUGCUGAUAAUAUCAGUUGGCAGAAUUUAACUGGUGAUGGUCUGUCUUAUGUAUUUGCCAGGAAAGGUGAUAAGAAUGCACAGAAAGCUAUCAGAUGCCUUGUGGAAUGCCUGCAUGAACUAAAUCUUGUUGGGAUUGUUAGAAAAGUUCACAACAAUAAUAAUGCACCCAAAAUGUUUGCAUUAAUGCCUGUUAUUGAUACAAAUAAUUAUGUCUGUCUCUCAAUGAUUGCUUUGAGUUACAAGGAGGAGAUAAAGCAAAUGUCAUUCCCAGCAACCAAUUUAAAAAAGUAUUCUUGCACCCCCGAACAAGUCAAUGCUUUUAAAGAUUUAAUUAAUGCCAUGGACUUGACGCAGGCUUAUGAUGACACAUAUGAUGAUAAGGAAGCUUUCCCUAUAGCUGAGUGUAUCAGCCCUGCAGCCCAGUAUGUGCUAGAUUGCAUAGCAUUCCGAGCAUUAAAUCCUGGUAAACCCUUACCUAAACCAAGAGAGGAAGUCAUGAGUCUCUUCCAAGUGCCUCCCUUGCUAGAAGAGAAUGCACGAAAACCUAUAGAGAAAAUUAAGAGUUUAUUCACAUUAAACAAAGUAGAAGUGAAGAAGAGGAAAAACAAGAAUGUUGUCUUGGAUAUUGAUCAGAUUCAAGCACCACUUGGUGACUUCCAACCAGAUACCACAGACAUUCCAAACAUGCCGAAAGUUCAAUUGCCUAUUAAUGAGAAUGAAGUUGACAACAUUCACAAAAUAAGUACCAUUAAUCCUGUUGAAGACUUCAAAGUGCUUCAAGGCAAGAAUAAACCUUUGUCCGAGUUGGCUCCAGGAAUGAUAAAAGCAAUUGAAAGUUUGAUUUACAAUAAUAUUGAUGGAAACUAUACUAAAGCAUUAGAUGCUAUGAAACAUUUGAGAUCUGAAUUUCUUAAGUCUGACCCUAAAGACUACAAUGAUUGGAUGCGUAAAUUUAAAUCAGAUUUGGCUAAAUGUGAUAACAACCAAGUAUUAUGUUUGAUUAUGGAGAAGCAAGUCAGUUUUAUACUGAAGGAAGAAAAUAGUGCAAGCACCUAUGAAGAUGAACUCAGUCAUGAAGAUAGCCAGCUUUAUGAAAACGACACCAUUCCUAAUUCCGCUGAAUUGACUAUCAGUACUGAUGUUCAAAAUAUGUUCGAUGAUUAAUCUGUUUACUUUCACAAUUCAUCAAUACUAAGUACAAGUGUGAUAAUGUCUACCUAUUGUUAUUGUUUAUAAAUAUAAUUAUUUUCAUACUAAA